AUGAUUGGUUCUUCUCAGUGGAACGUGGCAAAUUCACCGUUUGUUAACACAGAUUGGCACUAUUCUGAGCAAUUGCCCUUAACACCAAAGUUCCUAGGAGAGGCGGGUCCAGGAGGCCGGGGCAGGGUGGCGGGACGCGGCGCUCGGCUGCUGGGCGGCCGACAAGCGCGGCCACGCAAGGAGACCUCGCGGUCCAGCCGGGAGCCGCGCCCGUCCGAGGCCCUGGCCGAGGGCCGCCAGCCGGCCUCUCGUCGUCCAUCGCUGAGGAGUGCAGCCAGUGGACAUGACCGACCCACCCGGGGCGCCGCCUCCGGUGCUGCCAGGCCGCGGAUGAAGAAGAAAGUCCGUACCCGUACCCGCUGGGCCCGGAGCGAGGAGACACCGCGAAACGAGGAGGCUCCUCAGGUGGAAGAGGUGCCCCCGCCUGAGGAGGUGCCGCCGCCGGCCGAGGACGUGAUCCCGAACCAGGUGACCCAGGCAGAGGAGCUGACCAGGACCGAGGAAAUGGCGGCAGCCGGGCUCUGCGUGACCGUCACCCACAGCAAUGAGAAGCAUGACCUUCACGUUAUCCCCCAGCAUGGCAGCAGCGAGCCAAUCGUCCAAGACCUGGCCCAGGUUGUUGAAGAGGCCAUAGGGGUUCCACUGCCUUUGCAGAAACUCAUAUUUAAGGGAAAAUCUCUGAAGGAAAUGGAGACACCAUUGUCAGCCCUUGGAAUACAAGAUGGUUGCCGGAUCAUGUUAAUUGGGGAAAAGAACUGUCCAGAGGAAGAGGUUGAACUAAAGAAGUUGAAAGAUUUGGAGAAGUCUGUGGAGACGAUAGCUAGCCAACUUGAAGAGCUGAAUAAAGAACUUAGUGGCAUCCAACAGGGUUUUCUGGCCAAGGAUUUGCAAGCAGAAGCUCUCAGCAAGCUUGACAGGCGAGUAAAAGGCACCAUUGAGCAUUUUAUGAAGAUUUUGGAAGAGAUUGACACUCUGAUCCUGCCAGAAAAUUUCAAAGACAGUAGACUGAAAAGGAAGGGUUUGGUGAAAAAGAUUCAGGCAUUCCUGGCUGAAUGUGACAUGGUGGAAAAAAAUAUCUGCGAGGAGACAGAGCGACUCCAGUCUACAAACUUGGCCUUGGCCAACUGAUGUGCCAUGAAGAGAAGCUAUGCUGCCCUGAAGAACGGUGUCACCAACUUCUUGGCCAGGGUCUCUCUGGGCUGCCAGGGGCAAUUGGCCAACUGCUGGAUUUCCCCCUCCUACAGCAAUUCUCUGAAAAAGUAUUGUCUUUGC